GUUUCAGGGCUGCCGUUGGAGGAAGGAAAGGAUGGUGUCGCCCGCCAUUGCCCUGGCCUUCCUGCCACUCGUACUCACGCUGAUCAUCAGGUACCGGUACUAUUUUGUUCUCUUCUACCGGUCGGUUCUGGUGCGCAUGGUGCACGACUGCCUCACGGGUCUUUCCCGAGAGGAGCGCGCGUUCCAGUACGUCCUGACCCACGCCACCCCAGGGGAUCCCGACAGCAUCCUGGACACCUUUGACCACUGGUGCACUGAGAUCGAGUUCAUCAGCAACAUCGGUCCCAAGAAAGGUCUGGUGCUGGACAAGCUGCUGAAGGAGAACUGUCCGCUGACGGUGCUGGAGCUGGGCACACACUGCGGGUACAGCACUGUGCGCAUGGCACGCUGCCUGCCCCUCGGCGCCCGCCUCUUCUCUGUGGAGAUGGACGAGCGCAACGCCCUCGUGGCGGAGAAGAUCAUCCGCCUCGCUGGCUUUGACGACGACACGGUUGAGUUAAUUGUGAGCCCAUCGGAUGAGGUCAUUCCCAAGAUGAGAGAGGACUAUGGGGUUGAGCGGCUGGACUUUAUCUUCAUGGACCACUGGAAGCGCUGCUACCUUCCGGAUCUCCAGCUGCUGGAGGGCAGCGGGCUGCUGGGACAGGGCACCGUCAUCCUAGCUGACAACGUGAUAUUCCCGGGGGCGCCCAACUUCCUGAGGUACGUCAAGCACAGCGGCCUGUAUCGGUACCGUGUGCACCGUGCCUCACUGGAGUACAUCCGCGGAAUCCGGGACGGCAUGGCUGAGCUCAUCUACCUGGGGACGAAGUGACAUGGUUACAGUGCCCCUCCUGGAGAGCAGCCGGUGAGCAGAACCUGUCUCAGCUGUCUGGUACACAACAAGCACAUCACCAUGACGAUGGUCAAGAAAAAG